AUGUUUUCUUUCUUUAAGAAAAAGAACAUAGUAACAAGAAGAGAAAUUUAUGAGGCAGCACGUAGUAUUGAUGAUAAGUUUUUAAAUAGCCAUCCUCAUGAAAUUGAUAUUUUUGGACCUAAAUACGUUGCUUUGCAUAGAAAUGAGAAGCCACAUGGUACUGCAUUGCACUAUGCGGCAGCUCGUAACGAUCUGAAUGCUCUAAAAGUUUUAUUAUAUUAUGGUGCUAAUCCUAAUUUACCAAAUAAAUGGGGCAUGACAUCAGUGCAUUACGCUGUUAAAGAAGGGAAUAUUCUCAUGGUCCAAAUUUUAUUCUACCAUGGUGCAGAUUUAGAUAUUGCCUGUCGAAAGGAAAAUAAGACCCCAUUAGAAUAUGCCGAAAGUUUAGGCUAUUCUGAAAUGGCUACGUGGCUAACUAAUCUUGCGCGUAGUUAUGUCAAUUUAUUUGGAAAUAAAUGGAAAACGAAUGUGCCUGAUGUAGAAACUGUAGAAAGGAUGUAUCCUGUGAAAGAAUUCGACCAAUACAGUAGCGAUUUCAGUACUGAUGGUUCUAGCAAUGAUUCCAUUAUAAAUCGAGAUGAGAUUGAUGGUGAUGAAAUCUCCGAAAGACAGAGUAGUAGCCCCAUGCCUAGUCCACAAGUAAGGCGUGUAAGAAGAACAGUUAUGAGAGUUCCUGAGAACAGGCAAGAUCCCGAUGACGAAGAUUCUGAUGCUGAAGAAGAGAAGCGAGAUGAAGUUAGAUCAAUAGCAUGA